UACCUGUCGUGGAGAGACGGCCACGUGAGGAGAGCCGAGUCGGACGGAUAAAGACGCGCUGAGGAGCUGAAGGUUUCUAAGGAGCUUUCAUCGGUUCCUCGUGAGUUCUGGUGAUGCUUCUUCAUCUUCUGCUGCUCGCUGCAUCUUCAGCCCGGAGUGAAGAUGUUCCAUCGGAGACGGUCCUGGCUUUGGUCGGGGACGACGUCUUUCUCCCCUGCAGCUAUCACGUCCCGUCCAACAAUGAGUUACCCACAGUGGAGUGGUCCAAGAAUGGCCUGGACCCCAACGUGGUCCUCCUGUACCGUGACGGCUGCGAGACGCCGGAGAUGAAAAAUCCGGCGUUCAAGUACCGGACCAGCCUCGCGACCGAAGAUCUGACAAGCGGGAACAUCUCGCUGAGGAUCGGCGACGUGCGGCUGUCCGAUGCCGGGAGGUACCAGUGCAUGAGGCUGUGGAAGAAGCUUCCAAGGAACGUCACCCAGGUGGAGCUCUUCGUAGGUGCCGCGUCAGAGCCCAAGCUCUCGGUCACGAGGCCCGGGGGGGGAGGCGUGGCCCUGCAGUGCGAGGCCGACUGCUGGUUCCCGGAGCCCCGGAUCUCCUUCCUGGACGGGGGGGGGAACGUCAUCGAUGCCGCCGAACCGAAGCGAGACAAAGAUGCCCGCGGAUGUUUCUCCGUGAGCCGGACCGCGACCCCCCGGGACGCCAGUGGCAGGUUCACCUGCCGAGUUCACCAGGCGAAGAUCAACCAGACCCGAGAGGUGGAGGGGACGCUGACGGAUGUGGGGGGGUCCUGCCUCUGGACCGGCGUCGUCUCUGUUGUGGUGACUUGUCUUCUUCUUUCAGCCCUGUUUGGUUUAGUGUUCUUCUUCUGGCGGAAGAGGAGUCACAAAUCUGGGGGGGGGGCGAUCUCGUCAAUCAAAGACCCAGAAAGCAGCUCCCUCGGAGACCGGUUGCUGUCCGGUCAGCGCGCCGAGGCCGAGAACGAGAGCAACGCCGUCAUGGAGGCGAAGGAGCUCAGGUUAAAGGUCGCGGCGCUGGAAGACACCAUCCGCCAGCUACACAACAAUAACAACAACAACAACAACAGCGGAGCCCGACUGGACGCUGUCGUUUGCCACAUCGACCGCCCGCCACCCGGUGACGUGCCGCGGGCCCCCAAACGCAGACACAGCAGCCCGCCCCGCCUCUCCUCGCACGCCGCCGCUCCGCUGACGAGGCCCAGCCCCCUCAGCCGCUCGCUGAGCGACCCCUACGCCGGGCCCGACCCCUACGCCGGGCCCGGCCCCUACGCCGGGCCCAGCGGCGUCACUCGGUGGCGUUUCCGUUGCGCGCGGCGUCCAGCAGACGCCUCUCGUUCCUGCCCCACGUGACGGAGGACUCUGAGAUGUUGGUUCCAUGCGAGGAGCAGGAGAUUUUUACCAAAACGUUGAGCGAGUAAAAACAAUCCGACGGGCGGUUUCAUGUUUUUGUUCCAUAAAACUUUCCGGGCUUUUUGAUGAAAGUGGUUCUGUAUUAAUUUGAUUUUCAUCAAUUAUUUCAAUUUUAACCUGUGAGGUGGACUUUUUUGCCUUUUCAUUUUGAGCUAAGCGCAUGUAACCUACCUCAGGUUAGCCUGGACCAGCCCUUAGUUAAGCUGCUCUAGGCUUAGACUGCCGGGGGACUUCUUAGGACACACCGACUCCUGGCUCAUGGCUCUGCUGACACCUAUGAUUCACAUUACUGUCAUCAAAAACCAACAUCUUCUGCUCUCCCUCCUCUGACGUUCUCCUUAAGGUUUCUUCCCUUUUUCCCCCCAUGGAAAGGUUUUUUAUUUUUUAGGGAGUUGUUCCUGUGACAAUGUGAGGGUUUGGGGACAGAGGCUGUUGCAUGUGUACAGACUAAUGCUCUGUGAGGCAAAUGCAUAACAAGUCACAGUUUAGUUCAAAAAUUGCAUAGCAGCAUAAAGAAGUAUAAUAAAGGGAGUCAAAAGCCGUCAUUGUGUAAUGAUAAUGCAGAAUAUUUGAAUCAAUGUAUUACUAAGGAUUGUGAUCAAGUCCCAAAUCUCAUAUGUUUCAAUGAUUAAAUGUGAAGGCGGAUUGUACUUUUUACUGCUGUCUAAGCACAAGUAUUUAUACUUGUAUAAAUGUGAAUGAUAGAUUUCCACUGAUGUAAAGUAUUUAUGUUUAUAUUUAUGUAAAUUAAAUACACUAACUGUU